AUGGGCAUUAAAGUGCACAAUAAUAAAUAAAGGGUUAAAUUUUUGGGAAUUGGAAAGGAUGAACAACUGUCACAAAGGCAGUGGGUUUGAGUUCUUAUAAAGACAGAGGCCAAGGCUGUGGGUUUUUCUGACACUGAUUACAGCAUCUUUGGCUUUGAACCAACACAGAAUCUCCACUCAAAGAACAGGACAAGUAAUUCAAAUUUCCUAAUUCCCUUCUCUCUCCCCAGAUUUCCAUUUCAUUUAUUUGUGCUAUUGAGCUCACAAACUGAUUUGAUGGUAAAAGUAGCAGAUUGCUGAAGUUUCUGCACUAACAGGCAAAGAAGAUGAUGAGUAAUUGCAAGGAAGACAGACCCUGGAGUGGAAAGAAAAUGGAAGGAGGGGAGGGUUUGAUAACUUUAGACUGCUUAAGAGGAAGAUUACUUGCAGAGAGACAAGCUUCAAGGUCAGCCAAAGAGGAGGCAGAGUUCAUGGGGAAGAAGAUGAUAGAGUUGGAGAAUCAGAUUAGAAAGGAGACAGAGCUAAGGAACAAAGCUGAGAAGAGGCUUAAACUCUUGAUAAAGAAGCUUGAAUCCCUCAACAUUGCUUCAAUAUCAGUGAUCUCAGAGAACUCAACUUCAUCAGAAAUUUCCACAAACUCUUCAGCCACAAAAGAAACAGAAGAUCAAGAAUCGAGAUCAGAAGAAAAUCAAAGCGAGAAAGCUGUUCCAGAUAUCGCCGCACCAAAACAGCGCGAUGAGGAUAAAACUAAUCAGAAUGCUCCAGAUCAAACCAAUUCAAGCCCUAACACCGAAUCUCCCAACAAUUCCUGCACCGAUCCCCACCGAUACUCUCAAAUCUCCCGGAGCAGAGAUCAAAGUAGAAUUAAAGGAGAGAGAGAAGGAGCAUUACAUAGAUAAUCCGGUAGCGUCGGUCCCCGGAGCGGUGCCGGCGGCGAGUAGAGAGAGCAGAGCGAUGAAGCCGACGGCAAUAAUCCAAGAAAGAGCGAGAGAUGUUCACGAUGGUGUGAAGCACGUCAGAGGAAAUGUCCAAAGCUCAUUCGAGAGAAGAAAUCACAUGAAAGCCAUAAUGAGUAUGUAAAAUUUAUUCAAUUUUUAAUUUAAAAUACAUAAGACAUUUAUACAUUCUGAUUUUGUAAUUAGUUUCUGGUAUUUUUUAUAUAUAAUAAUUUGAACAUUUGCGAGAGGAGAGAGAGACCCAAAUCCAAGUCCUAACGAUAUAUACCAAUUAAGAAUUCGUUUUGGCAUUCGAACUUAA